GGCACACACGGGUAUUACUCGGAAAACAGCUUUGGCGUAGUGUUGACGCGCUCACGGUUAAUGCGCCCGCUGCCCUACGAGAACAACGCGUCUACCGCGGGAUUUUUCAAACAGCACUAAAGUCAUCGAAGGAAUGUAAAUACAUACAGUACAACAAAUAUAAACAAACAAACCAAACGUGUGAAAGUGUUACCAUACAUUAUCCAGCUAGUGGGUGGUAUGUGUAGGUGGAGUAUUCAAAAACGUAUCAAUUUAAAGGAGAAAUGUAUUUUUUCAGCGUGCAAGUGUGAAUAAUUGACUAGUGCAUAAUAAAAAAACAAAAGUUCUUUUUUCGGAAAAAUAAUUGGAUUAUGUAACUGUGCAAAUGGUGCAAAGAAUAAACAGUUUGGAGCUUUCCAGUAAUUGCUCCCUGAAGCUUUUCGAAGUGUAACAUCUCAUCUCAACCUGCUAUGCCUACCCUAACACAGGCAACAGCAGUGGAAAAGGAUUACACAGGACACAGGACUUGACGGGAUACGGUAGCUUGAAAAUCACGGCCUUCGGAAAGGAGCAAAAGCACGUGUGGCGCAGUAAACGCGACACACAUCCCUGCGCAUAAUUUGCGCGCCUGCGGUGGGGGUAGUGAACUAACUACCGAUCGCCACACCACCACCCCACACGGCACCGGGCACCGUUGAAUGGUGUUGGGGUGCGCGGGGGACGGCUGCACACAACAGCACACAACAACGCUAUGGCAACCCGCGACAAGAAGGCCCGUUCGGUGACCGCAGACUCUCCCACGCCUUCGCUCGGCAGCGCCAACAGUGGCAGCAGCGGCAACAUUAGCGCCCUCGCCAUCAGCUCUUCCUCCACCGGUGCCGCAAGUGGAAACGAUUCUGCCCCCACGACACCGACCUCCACGCGGAAAGCGGCGGCAGUAGCGAGUACGGUGGCUGCUGCUGGCGGUGGUGGUAGUAGUAGUGGUGGAAGCGGCAGCACCAACACCUCCUCCACCCGCGGUUCGUUGAGCCGGCUCAAGUCGAAGCAACAGUUGCUCCAGCAGGGCGGCGGUGCCGAUGAGGGAGCGGUAGACGAGUUGGCAGGAAUCGAAUCGAUCGCCACCACCACCACACCGUCCCGCACGACGCGCGGCGGCAGUGCACUGCUGCGGGAAGAUUCGGCCGGUAGAGAGUCGCCGGCGGCCAAGGAUGAUACCACGGCAACGACGACGACGACGACAGCUGGGCCCGGUGGUGCGUCAAAGGAUCUAACAAAAUCGCCCGCAAUCGGAGCACGACGUGCGGCCGCAACUGCUACAACAACCGCAACAACAACAACAACAACAACAGCAAGCUCCAAACCGGCAGCCACUGCCCAAAGCAAGAAGAAGCGUGUAGUAACCCUUAAGCGUGCUGGCCUGCUCAAGCGCAAGGGCAAGAAGAUCAUCGGCAAGCCAAUGUUGGGCCGGAAGGUGGAGGCCCGUCGCCAGCUGGUGACGGCCGCCAAGUCGACCGGUACGCGCGGUGCCGCCGCCACGGUAAAGGACGUGCUGGCCGCCUCGAAAGAGAAGGAGGAGGAGACGACGGCCGCCACGACGCCCAGCCUGCGCAACGGCAAGCCGCGCAACUCGGACAGCCCGGUGGCGAAGCGCAAAGCCGUGCUGAAGCAGCAGGAAGCUGCAGGGAGCAGCAGCAAAUCGCCCGACAGCGCAUCGAUGGAACGGCGCCGGUCCGGCUCCGUCCUGACGGAGGACGGCGCGGAACAGACGGUGGCCGAGAUGAAGCGCGAGCUGCUCGACUACGAAUCGCGCAGCAAAAUGCUGGACAAGAUGGCGGAAGCGUUCAAUGAGCGCAAAGCGGCGGGCGGCGGCGCUGCGUCCCCGGUCGUCGAGAAGGGAACGUUGCGGCGCAGUAUGCGGCAGCGGAAAAGCACGGCCCGGGAGGAGCUAGCGCCGCCGGCGCGUGGCAAAUCAGUCGGCGGCGGCGGCACGGUGGAGAUCAAGCUCGAGCCGGCGGAAUCGCUGGAAUCGUUGACGGUCGAGGGGGCCGAGCAGGACAGUUCGACGGCUGCCGUUUCGGUCGAUGCACCGCUCACCAUCGACACUACGGUGGCGACGGUGGACGGUGGUGUUGCCUGCGAGCCGCUGCACAGCGACGGGACAACGGUCAGCAGUUUGGGCGGUGUGAGCAGUGGGGGGGUGAUCGCUGGGGCGAGCGGCACGGCCGGCGAGGAGGUGGAGCUGGGCAGUGUGGUGGGGAUCGGCGGCGGCAGCGCUGGCAGCAGUGGCAAGGAUCCGUCGCUCAGCCCGGGCGAGCUGGUCAGCGAGGGCGUGUCGGAGCAGAGCGUGAAGGAGUGCUACAGUGAGCCGGCCUUCCUGGAGAACAAUCUCGGCAUCGAGAAGGACCCGAAGCUGGGCGAAAUCGUGCAGGGACGCUUCCGGUGCGACAAGGUUAGUGACGAUGCGGAGGACAAUGCCAAAAGCGAAACGGUGGGCGAUAACGCUGCUAGUGAUAACGGUGAGGAAGGUGGUGUUGGUGGUAGUGCGACAAAGGACGCCGAUCAGGAGGUGGAGGAGGAGGAGACAGUUGCGCACGAAGCGGGGGAGGGAGUGGAGACAGUGCAAAAGGUGAAGCAGGAGGUGCAGGAGGACACGGCAAGUGUGGGCGAGGAUAGGGAAAUAACGAUUGAGGGUGUGAAGGUAGAGGAGGAACCGAUGGAGCAGGAUGAAGAGGAGGAGGAGGAGAUUGGCAAGGAGCUGCCGGUGGAGGAAAAGAUGGACAUCGCGGAGGAGGAAGUGGUGGAGUGUGUAAAAAUUAAAGAAGAACCAGAGGAAGAUGUUGCUGCGGUGGUGCUGGAGGAAGCGAAGAGCGACGGCGACACUCCGUCACAGACUGACAACGUUCCGGCAAAGGACACAAACGAGGCGCAGGAAUCAAACCGCCGCCCCGAUUCGGCAGGAAGUGCGGUAGAUGAGGAGGCAGGAGCGUCACGAGCGUCAUCGGCUGGUGGUGCGGUGGUUGCCCCUAGCGACGGAGAGGUUUCCUCUAGCAGCACCACCUCCAAAACACCGGCAGACGAUGCUUCCUCGCCGGUUCCCGUUGCUUCCGUGCCGUGCAAAGCGAACGGUGACAGCAACGGAACAACCACCGGCGACCAAUCAACUCCCAAUCAACCAUCAUCACGGGCAGGAGGUCAGCAGCGGCCAUCCACCGGCGCGACCCCAAAGACGGCAUUAAAGUCGUCGUCCACGCCAGUCGCCGCUGCCGCCGCUUCUUCCCCCGCGGGAACACCGACACCUGCCACCGGCAAGGAGAGCAAGCCGAAAACGCGCACGACCAAGGAGAAAAGCAAGGAGGACGAGAAGACGCGCGAAGAGAAGCUCCGCCAGGAGAAGCUGCGGGUCGAGGAGAAGGUGCGGGAGGAGAAGCAGCGCGCGGAACGGCUCGAAGCCGAACGGAGGCUGAAGGAGGAGCAGCAGCAGCAACAGCAGCUCCAGCAGCAGGUGCUAGAAAAUGGGCACGAGGAGGAGCAGCCAUCUCCGGCUUCCGGCAGCGGCGGCCCGCAGGACGAGCAGGAACACAAGACUGACACGACGCCGGUGCCGGCACUGCUUGCGCUCGGCGGACUAAAUCUGCCAGCGAUCACGAUCGCCCUCACCAGCAAGAAGGACGGUGGGUCGUCCGACGAGAAGGAGGAGGCGGCCAUCGUGCCGAAGAAAUGCGAGCUAGAAAUACUGCCGAUCAAGGCGGACGGAGCUCCACCGCCAGCCGUUGUGCUGCUUUCGAAGGAGGAAAAGCCCGCCAAGGAAGGUGGGGCGGCGGCCGCCGCACCCUCGCUGGCCGAUACUGCCGAGUCACGGUUGCGCACUGCUUCGAAGGGCGAAAAUGCGGCCGCUGCUCUGUCGGCGGUGGCGGAGCGAAAGGAUAGCAGCAACAAGUCGUCGUCGUCGCCGCUGACCGUACUCAAGCAAGGGACGAGCAAUGGGUCGCCUUCUCCGCCACCCGCCACCGGCAAGGAUGCUGCGUCUACCACCACGACGACGACGCCGCCGGACGAGUCGGAUGACGCUGCAAAAGCGUCCCACCUGCUUAACCUCGGCCUGCUAACGAUACGGGCGGCCGACGAAGAGAAGCAGCGCCGCGCCGAACAGAAGCCAUCGUCUUCGGCGGACAGUGGCGCACAGGACGGUGGGACAGGUGGCAACAGCAGCAGCCAGAGUACGGCCGGUAAGGGUAGCGAUGGUUGGCUGGCUGCCGGCACCGCCCACUCCGGCGGUGGUAGUGGUCGUGCGGGCAAUAAAUCAACCCGCAGCUCCAAGGACGAGUACACGGUGUCGAUGAAGACGACCGUACUGAAGGGUGGCAGCGGCAGCGGUGGUGGCUCACGGGGUGAGAAGCGAAAGCAGCAACGCAUGCCACUGAAGAUGACGUUCCAGAAGGGCAAGGGCAAGGGCGGUGGCCGGGAGUCGUCGAACGGGUCGGGCAGCGUGUCGAGCAAUGGGAGCGGCUACGCAACGGACACGGGCAACAACGGCGACAACACGUUCUACACCGUGCACAGUAACGAGCUGGAUCAUCACUCGUCCAACUCAUCCGAUAGCCAUUCGCACCGGGACGCUGCAGGCGGUAGGAAGGCGCACAGCCGCUCCCACACUACCGACGGCGUAAACCUCACAGAAGCGGUCGGCGAAAGUGUUUCCUCCAAAGAGGUGAGCCAGAAGUCGCUGGUCAUCCCGGAGAAGGCUUCCUCGUUCAAUGUGCACCCGGAGCGGCUGUGCCGGGACCAGUGUUCCUACUGCGGUGGCAAGUUCGGUCUGUACGACACACCGUGCCACGUGGCCGCCAUCAAAUCGACCGAGCGGCAGCAGCGGAUUCUUCUCGCUACCCUGCCCAAGAUCACGCUUGACAGCUGUCUGUGUGAUGCCUGCUACCGGCACGUCGAUCGCAAAGCCAACUGCCCGCCGCAGAAGAAGAAAUCGUCCACCGUAUCGCAGACGAGCGCGUCGACCGGUGCAGCGAGCAGUAGCAGCAGCAGCACUGCCUCCAACUCGACCACCACCACCAACAGCACCGCAACGCAAUCGACCGUAUCGCCGCUCGUACUUAAGGUCACCACGAACAAGGACGGUUCGACGAGCAUCGCGACCGAGCAGCCGGCCACCGCAAUGGAGGACGGCCCGACGGCGGGCGGGAAGGCGCGCGAAAUCUGUGCCGUGCGGCAGUGUACCGCGCACGCGAUGCAAUCGCUGCGCCGCAAGUGGAUGGUGAAGAUGAAGCGCAAAAUUGGCAAACAGCUGGACAUCAAUCUCGAGCAGGCGGCGAAGGCGACGGCCGAAUACAUCUCCAUCUGCAACAAGCACUACGAGCAGAUUAGCCACCUGAUGAUCUGCGCCAUGUGCACGAAACCGCUGCAGAGGAAUCAUGUGUACCAUCUCUACAAUAACGUACCACAGCUGGAGCGCCUGAUCCAGGAGCAGGGGAUUUCAAUGAGGCUGAGCAGCUCGGAGUUGGUCGUGUGUAAAUUAUGUAAAUAUUAUGCUAAUUUAUUGAUUAAGCCCCCGGAACCGAAAACGAAAAAGGCUCAGUUUGUGAACGACUACAAUCGAAGAUUGUUGUGUCGUCAGCGGGCGGCGGAAGAGCAGAGAGAGCAGCAGGCUGAAGCGGCAGUAACGGUUACAGCAGUAGCACCAGCAGCAGCCCCUAGACAGCGCCAACCGAUGCCUGUCACGGACAUUGUAAUUUCGGACGGCGAUGAAGAGGAGGAAGAGGCAGAGGAUGAAGAAGUUGAAGAGACUACCAUCACAGAAACACAGAGCCAGCAGCAGCCACUACCGCCACGUUAUCAAACGUUGGGUGACAUAUUUUCGAUCGGCGAUAGUUCCGUCUCUGUGAGACGGCGCGUCAGCAGUAGAAAGUCGCCCGACGUGACCAUCGUGGAAAGCAACGGUGCGACGCAGAUGAGCGAGCUGGAAGAAAUCAGCAUCAUCCCGACGUCGAAAUCUCUCUCCGCGCUGCACCAACAGCAGCAGCAGCAGCAGCAGUCGCGUGACGAUAACAUCGACAUGACGCAGGUGCUCAAGUCGAACCCCAACAUCUCGAUGCGCGAGCUGUUCCCGGGCGAGGAGGAGCUGGGCGUGCACGUGAACAUUCCGUUCAGCUCGUCGUCGAUGCGCACGCCGGAGGGCUGGACGAAGGUGCAGUCCACGAUACAGUACGACGACAGUACGCGGGCGCUCUGGGAGGAGCUGCAGAAGCCGUACGGCAACCAGUCGAGCUUUCUGCGCCAUCUGCUCCUGCUCGAGAAGUACUUCCGCAACGGCGAUCUGGUGCUGUCGCCGCAGGCCAAAACCAGUGCCACCACCUACUCGGAAGCGGUCCAGAACCGGUUACGCUCGUACGAUAACGUACCGUCGGUGGUGCCGUCCUCACCGCCCGCCCUUGCCUCGCUGACGCCGGCGGCCACAGCGCCGACCGUGGCCGCGGACAAGACGAGCCACAUCUUCCAGCAGUUUAGCAGCGCCACCAUUACGAUCGUGCCGGCGAACAAGGUUCGGCCGCGGACGUCGGCGGGUGGUGGUUCCUCGUCGGCUGAAAUUACGCCCGUAUCGCCGCCGGCUCCGGUGAGCUUGCUGAAAUCGAACAACCUCCAUCUGGCGAACAGUGGCGACCAAGGGACGACCAAGCAAAGCCUCAAACGCAAGCUGUCGAUUGAGAGUGGUGGCAGGACGUCCGGUGGGGCCAGUGCAAUUACCUCGCCACUGAACACCUCGGGCCACAGCUCCUCGACCGUGGGCGGCGGCUCCACGAAGGUAGUCAGACUGGACGAACCCAAGGCGCCCUUGUCCUCCCCGCCGGAGCUGAUCAGCAUCAGCAACCGCAAGGCGAGCGUCACCAUCACCACCAUUCCACCGGCGGCAGCACAGUUGGCAACAGUCGGCAGCCCACCAGCAGCCGCUAACGCCACUGCCCAGAAACAGUUGUCACUGUUGCAACAACCGCAGCAAUCGCUGCUGCAAAGUGUUGCGGCCGUCGAUGCCGCCACCGCCGCCGCCGCGACGCUUCUCGCCAAGAAAUCGCCAACUGCCGGUGCAACGGCCACCACGGCGAACACACCGACGGGCCCCUCUAGCACCGGGACGACCGGCUCGGCGAAUGCAAGCGCCACUACGACGGCGCGCGAAAUCAUCCAGAUGCCCGAGCAGCUGACCGAAGCGGAGCGGCGCGAAUCGUCCACGCGUCCCUGGCGGCCAACCCUCCUGCCCAUCGCGCCCGGUGUGUCGGAAAGCUUGAAAACGGGCCCGCUCUACCAGACGGCGGACGGGCGCACCCUGCCCAAGCUGGUGCAGGUAAUGUCCGGCGGAAAGCCCUACCACAUCUCGAUCGAGGACUACAACCGCAUGUGCAUCCUGCGGCGGGAAAAGCUGCUCCAGCAGCAACAGAACAUGAUGCAGCAGCAGCAGCAGCAGCAGCAGACGGUGGCCAACAAGCGCCAGUCGCAGCUGCCGCAACCGAACAAGCAGCCGUCGUCGACGGCAACCACGCUACCACCACCACCCGCCCUACGGCUGGCCUCCACCGCAGGGUCGGUGGAGAACAACAACGGAUCCGCCAACAGUGUGGCCGUAUCCGUCGCUUCCUCCGCCAAAGUGGUCCAACUACCGAACCAGCUGCUCGAGCAGAACUCGCUCAUCCCGAUCCUCAGCGGUAGCAGCGGGGCGAACAAGAUGGGUAAUGUGCAGAAAAACAGCAGCCUCACGGUAACCAUGACGACGACGGUCAACAACAACAGCCUUGCCAAGAGCAGUAGUAGUAGUAGUAGUAGUAGUAGUAGUAGUAGAAGGCAAGCAAAAACACGGCCUCGAAUUGAUGCCAACAACCACACACGACACGGUGAUGUGGUGAUAGAGAAGCGAGAGUGCUUCGUUCUUGAAUUGAAAAGGAAUUGCAGGUUAAUGAUUCUUACUGAGGAGCUUACAGUGUACAGCGUGUAUAUUGAAUAAGCUCGUUAAUCCCGUACCACCACCGCUUUAUACAGUCUUUAUGAAUUCUUCUUUCAUACUCCCCUCUAGUCAUUAAUACCUUUUUGUUAAUAAUUCAUGCUUUUCUUCUUCAAUUCAAUGCACUCGAACUACUGUUUGCUAUGGAAAAUGAAUACUGAAUUACCGACAGCAGAGCAGUAGUGGCAUCGAGUACAGGGAAACACAUACACACAUACAUAGUAGAUGCCUAAGAUGAGAAAACAUAUCGAUCAUAUCCUAAGCUUAGUCUUUUGCCACAGGCUUAAGCCACUCUCAUACACACAAUCGAUAACGACCCUCUCAAGUCAUACAUUCCAUAGUGCGCGCUGGGAGGCGAACGAUAUACACACAGGCCAAGGCUUAAGGCUGCACGAUAAUUGCGUGUAAAUGUGGGAGUCGCUCUCCAUUACACCUUUCCUUUCCAUCAUCCAUGAGUAUCAUCGUGUAAUAUGCUCUCCUAUAAAUAUCUGUUUGCAUCGAUUUAAUCCCUUCAUUUACGAGAAGAAGAACAAGAGAGAGAGAGAGAGAUAUUAAUUACGAUUAGUGAGAUUUUGGGGGACAAACAGUUUGUGGUACGGUUUAAUUUAUUACUAUUUAGUACGGAAUGAUGUAUGGCAGGUGUCGCGAUCACGACACGCAGCAGGGCAUUCUCCCCGUUAAUUCUCGAUACUACUAGUAGCAGUGAAUAGAAGAUAGUUUAGCACCUGUCCACACCGGUUUGGUUGGACCCCCUCCCCAUAAAAUACAUACAUAUUUCGCUUUUUAGUUUUGGUUCAGCUAGUGCUGAAGUUAGCACCCAGAAGCUGUUAAAAUGUGUGUGUUUCCUCUUGUGCAAACCGUUCGUGGCAAUCGUGCACAAGUGAGAAGGUAAAUGAGAAUUCAAUUGAGAAGUAGAAUGAGCUAAACGAGGAAGAAUUGUGUGGAACUAUUGUUUUAGUUCUUACAGCUACAUACAGUCAAAGACACACACACACUUCAGAUACACUUACACAUACUCACGCACGCACACGAACACACACGCAUGCACAUUGCCGAACGGUUUCUGCUACGUCUACCUGUAUUAUAUUUCAACGCUAUCUUAUCACGAUUAUUUAGAUAGCCGCUAAGUUAGUUAGUUAGUUAGGUUAUGAUCGCAAGCUAUGCAUAAUGGUGAAUCAAAACAGAAAUAAAUCGUAUCCUGAGAAUUGUAACAUACACAUACACACACAUACAUUUUAUACAAGACCAUUAGCGUGGUAGUACGGAUUUGGUUGAUUGUCUCUCUGUACGAUCUACCCCUUGCUCUCUUGCUUGCUUCCUCCCUAUGUGUUUUCCCGUCUUCGUAUCUCUCUCUCUCUCUCUCUCUCGCGCGUGCUGUCGAUUUGUCUGUAUACUUUGCAAGGGUUACUUUGCUUUAUCGCUCAGUACUUCUUUACGGUGUCUGGCACCACUUACUCACGGUAUCGUUAAUUGACCUUUUCCCAGGCGCAAGGUGCUUCGCAAUUAUGGAAUGCAAAUGCAAGCCAUUUAAUGAUUAUUUAAUCGAACGGCAAACCAACACUGCACAUAGUUCGUCACAACACACACACUGUUAAAAAGCUUACUAAUAAUGAUAUAACUUUUGAGUCGAAGGUUAAAGCGGCCACCGUUCUCGACGCGCUUAAAAACACGCAAAAGCCUGAGGAGCACCAGCAUCAUCCCCACCAGCCCCCUCCCCUUGAAAAGGGUUGUUAAAAGACGACAAAUGGAAAAGAAUACAUAUUUUUUAUGAUAAAUUAUAUAAAACCAUAUACAUAUACAUACACAGAUAUCUUUACAUAUACAGUACGAAAGAGUAAUAAUUAACACCGUAGGUAAGAAGAAGCAUGGUUUAGGCAGGUGCAGCAGUAGAAGACGAGUGUGCAUAUAAGAAAGGAUAAAUAGAAUAAAUAAUUCGACCGCGGAAGGUCAGAGAUCGGAUCAUAUGAGUCGCCCCGGCAUCAUCUCAAGCACUAUAUCUGAAGCGAAAUAAAGCUAUGGUUAAGAAAAGUA